AGUUCUCUCUGUGCACCAAAACAUCAACAAACGCACACACGCACCUUCACAUGAACCUGAACCUUUCGACCUUCAAGUCAGCAACCCUUCUUGCCAUCGUGUGCCUCUUCACAACAUGGAUCCCCUUUCGGGUAUUCGACUCCAGCUAUGCGUCUUAGGACUGGUCCGCUUCACGGAAGCCAUCGCGUGGUCAAGCAUGAUCCCGUACACCUACGCCAUGAUGCGACAGUUUGACGUCCCCGAGCACGACAUAGCCUUCUACGCCGGCGCCCUGGUAACCGUGCUUACCUCUGGCGAAUUCCUCACUGGCCCCAUCUGGACCCGCGUCGGUGACAAGAUCGGACGGAAGCCAACCUUGUUGUUUGGCAUCUUCUGCGGCCUCAUUACGUCCCUUACACUUGGGUUAUCGCAGUCUUUUACUGUUGUCAUUGUCUCUCGAGCGCUUGCCGGGUUGCUCAACCCAAAUGCCGGCCUUGUCCAAACGUGCACCGAGGAAUUGGCAAGGGAGGAGCAGCGACACGAAGCAUUCACCCUCGUCAUUUACAUUCGAUCCCUGGGAGGCGUCCUUGGGCCCAUUCUCGGAGGGUUCCUCGCAUAUCCAACUUUCUCGUACCCAUCGACAUUCUCUCAAAACUCCCUCUGGGCCGAUUACCCACACCUACUUCCAAAUCUCGCCGUCUGCCUGCUGCAUGUGGUCACCUUCAUCCUCGCGGCGCGCAUUGUGGAGGAGACCCAUCCCAAGAUGCCAGCGCAACAAUUCGCCGGGUUGUCUGUUUCACAAAUCCUGAAGAAGCUCCUCAUUGCCCUUGGCCGAACCAACAAUGCUGCACACGUUCCAGUGCCGGAGGACUUGGCCGACUCUGAAGCCCAAGAGAACACCACCAAAAAGGUCUCGGAUUCACCAUUCACGUUCCUGGUCAUCCUACAAAUCUUGGCAGUCUCUUUGCUUGCCUUACAUCACGCUGCCUCGGAUUCUCUUAUGGUCGCCUUUCUCGCUUUGGGGUCUGUCGCCGAGCGUGCGGACGAACCGGGGCCCCGGAGCAUGUCAUCCCCCCAGGCCACGACUGAAUUCUGCCUCACCCCGCCAAUGAUUGGAUUGGUGCUGUGUAUGGAGGCCAUGUUCAGGGUGUUCAUCCACCCUGACGGAAUCCUUUCGGUCGUCUCAACGCUAGGGGCACGGCGGGCCUUUCGAUUGGUUCUUGGUUUGUAUCCGGCGAUGUACAUCUUCACGCCCUUUCUGCCCAGGCUACCUACACGCCCCAUGGUUUGGUUGUUGGCCUUUGAUAUGUGGAUCAAGCUGGGCCUUUCGUCAAUUGGGUACAUGUCCUCUACCGUUUUAAUCACGAAGAUAUCCCCCUCGAGCCAGGCGCUUGCCAAGAUCAACGGCGCUGCAGCAUCUUUUGUCUGGCUUGCGAAGUCACUUGGCCCACUGUUCAUAGGGAAGGUAUACGCGGCGGGCUUUCACACCGGUUAUCCCCAGAUUCCCUUCUGGACCCUGGGAGCUGUGGCCUUGGUCGGGGCUGUGGUGUCAGCCUUUCUGGUUGACCAUCCCUGAGUCACUCGUUUGGCGUGCAAGCAAUUCGGAGCCGGCUUGAAGGCCUGGCAUCUCAACAGCUAGAUUGCCUUGUCCGUGCAUGCAACGUCGUGGCGAUACCGUGGAGAUGGU